AUUACCUACUUCGACAACGAGCUAUAGACGAAAAGCAAGCGCCAUGUCCCUGCGAUUGGGCUCCAACUUGGGGCUAGAGCUACGGCUGGCAAAGCCGCAGCCACUGCGACAGUCCUUUACUCUGAUACCUACGAGAAGUGCAACGCGGCUCGCUGUACACAGCAAAGAUGACCAAAAGGCACAGGAGAGCCUAGCAUUGUCGAGACAAAUGACGCGAACCUGGAAAGUUGGCGAUGUUUACGCUCCUCACGAUUUGAGUGGUGCCGAAGCUCGAAAGUGGAAGCAACGAACGCGGCCUACGACUGAUGUCUUUGACGCCCUAUCGGUGAAUCCCCUGAGCUUGUACAAGAACUUUGCAAUCAUGUCUGAAUACAUGACCGAGAUGGGUCGAAUUCGACACUCCAGCUCUACCGGCUUGCGACCAGUCAAUCAAAGAAAAAUCGCAAAGGCUAUCCGACGGGCGAUAUCACUAGGUUUAAUGCCCUCGGUCCACAGACAUCCUGAAAUAUUGAAGGCCCAAUUACAAAAGCGGAAAGUUGGUUAAUACAGCCAUUAGGCACGACAGGAAUACACCAAUCCCACAACGAAAACACACCGAUACAACUAAAUGCACCGAGAAGAGGCGGGAAGAGUCUGCUAGCAGAACCGCUGCACUUGAGACCGAACAUAUACAAGCUAUACGGAGCGCAGGGAAGAUGCCAAGAGCAGGCAGACCAUCUCCAGAAACACUUGAAUGUGUUGAUCUUGCGGCCAAAGAUACAAAGAGUUCUUUUGAGUCGGGAGAACGGCAAAAUGAGCUCAAAAGAGAUUAUCUGUACGAGUACGGUGUACCAUAGUUGUAACUAUUUGGGAACGCAGAGUGGCUCCGAAAUUGGUCAGAGCCAUGUCUACUAGCAUUCCUAUGUACAAAUUUAGCGAUAGAAUUAAAGCGACCAUCUCAC